AUGGGUAUUAGAAACGUAUUCAAGAAGAAAGAACCAACUGAAGAAGAAUUAAUCGAAGGAUUAACUCAAGCUGGGAUAGCCACCAAAAGUCGUAAUCCAACUCAAGGUAGACAAGAGAAAUUUGGUGCUUUUAAACAAUAUGCUCAAUAUAAAUCAGAAAACCAACCUACUUUGAAGCCCACUGCGAAUCCUUAUGCCAAUAUGAAUGGUGUAGGAGGUGGUAAUGGGAAUGGUGGUAAUCCUUAUGGUGGACCCAGAUCAUCAAAUUCAUCAAAUAGUCCUUAUGCAUCAAAUGGUAAUAAUAGUCCAUAUGCCUCAAGCAAUAAUAAUAAUAGUCCAUAUGCAUCCAAUAAUAGUAAUAGCAGUCCAUAUGGUUCAAAUAAUAGCAGUAGUCCAUAUACAUCUAAUAAUAGUAACAACAGUCCUUACACAUCAUCUAAUAUCACCAAUCCAUCAUCAUCAAUUAAUAAUAAUCCAAGUCCAUAUAAUAGAACAUCAGCAAUUAAUUCCAGAACUUCAACCCGACAACCAGCCCGUUCAACUCAACCAAGACAAAGUGGUAGUAAUGAUGUUGAAUCGACAUUAGAUUUGAAUGAUAUUCCCAGUAUUAAUAUGUAUGGGAGUAAUAAAGCACCAUUGGCUAAACGUCCGGUUAAGAGUGAAGCUGAUGAUUUAGAUUUGAAUGAAGAACCUGGAUUAGAAGGUGAUUAUGAGGAUGAUGAUCUUUAUAUUCCUGAAGAAGAACAAAUCAAUAGUGAAGAUGAAGAAGUUGAGAAUAUUAAACAAGAGAUUCGAUUCACUAAACAAGAAUCAGUUCAAAGUACUCGAAACACAUUAAGAAUGGCUCAAGAAGCAGAUACUUCAGCUACUAAUACGUUAGGAAUGUUAGGAUCUCAAUCUGAACGAUUAUAUAAUGCUGAACAAAAUUUAAUGUUGAUUGAUACUCAGAAUCAAAUUUCAGGAGGGAAAGUACGUGAGAUUGAACGAUUAAAUCGAUCAAUUUUCAUUCCUGCUUAUGGGAACCCUUUCAAUAAAAAGGCGAGAUUAAGACAACAAGAAGAAAAAAUUAAAUUAGAUAAAGAGAAGGAACAUUAUUUACGUGAACAAGCUCGAAAAGGAAUGUAUGAAAGUGAACAACGAUUAAAACUGGGUAUUAAUGAGAAAUCUGAAUUAUAUCAAAGUUAUAAAGGAGAAAAAGCGUUAAAGGAUGCUUCUAAACGAUAUCAAUUUGAAAAUGAUAGUGAAGAUGAUGAAUUAGAAAUUGAAUUAGAUAAUAAUUUAAGUCAAAUUGAACAAUAUAGUAAAUUAAUGAGAAGUAAAGCAAUAAAGAUGGGAGAUGAAGUUGAUAAACAAAAUGCUAGAUUGAAACAAAUUGAAGAGGAUGUUGAUAAAGCCGAUAUUGAUGUUCAUUUGAAUACAGCUAGAAUUUCCAACAUUCAUUAG